AUGUAUGAGGCCUAUAUGUCCAUGGCCAAGAAGCUCCAGAAACGCUCCCAAUCGCUCGUGCUGCGUAGUCCGGCACGAUCUCUCUCUCGCACGUCACGUAUUGUUGUGACGGGUGUUAUGACGAGCGCUUCCGCUUUCCUGCUGCUCAAUAAGUCGACUUUUUGCCAAGACGCAAUCAUCCUCGCAGCUGCGGAGGGACCGGUAGGCAAUAACGGUCCAGACAAGAAGAACGAUGACCCUAUGGAGAAGAUCAUUGACGCAGUAAUGGGAAACUGCAGUGAAUUCACCAUGGCUGAUCAUAAAGAUCAAGUGCCGUCAUCCGCGGGCUUCUCCGGUGGCUUCGCGCUCGGUGUCUACUGCUCAUAA